AUGUCAAAUUGGAUAAAAGAUCAUAAAUCACUAAUUGCAACUGGUGUCUUAUCAACAGCUGCCAUUACUCUUUUAUUAAAGUAUAUGAGCGGUCCAUCUAAACAAUUAAAUAAAUUUGGUGGUAUUACUUUAGAAAAAAUAUUGGUAUAUCCAAUUAAAUCAUGUGGACCAAUUGAAUUAAAGUCAUGUAAAUUAUCACCAUUUGGAUUGGAAAAUGACAGAAGAUUUAUGCUUAUCAAUAGAAAAGAGAAUCGUUAUGUUAACCAAAAAGUAUACCCAAUGAUGUCCACUAUCAAGUGCAAGUACAGUCAAGAUGGUAAAUACUUGAUCGUUUCAAAAGAGGGAUUGGAAGAUUUAAGAAUAUCACUCGAGCCAUUAGAUGCUGCCGAUAUUGAUCCAUCACGUGUUUAUAAAGAAGUUAAAAUGUUUGAUAAUAUUUCACAAGUUUACGAUCAAGGUGAUGAACAAUCUGAAUGGUUUGCCAAAGCAUUAGGUAACCCAGAUAUUAGAUUCACCCAAAUGAUGCCCGUUGGUGAAUACAACAGAAAUAUUCGUGUCCACAUGGCUGAAAGUAUCGAUGCUUCAAAUAUUGCUAGAUUCAAAAACUCUCUAUCCAAUUCAUGCCACAUUAUGUUCCUUUCACAAGCCACCAUCGACGAUGUUAAUGUCAGAAUUGAAAAAACUCGUAAAGAAAAAGGUGAAACAUCCCAAGCCCCACUUACAUGGGAUAGAUACAGACCAAAUUUCGUUUUCAGUGGUUGCACUCCAUAUCAAGAGGACGAUUGGAGCUCAUAUACCUUAGGUGGCGAAGUUGAUUUCCAAGUAGCAGAUUACAAUGGUCGUUGUCCAAUCGUUACUGUUCAACAAGAUACUGGUGUUUUAGAUCCAUUUGGCGAUGAUGAACCUUUAAGAACUCUUCGUACCUAUAGAUUAUCAAAAUGUAAAGCUGGAGAAAAAACUCUUUUAGGUCAAUAUAUCGUAGUCCACGAAAAUAUGAUUGGUAAAACUGUUAACAUUGGUGACCAAUUAACUAAUUUAAAAAAUGGUUUUGAAUCAAAAUAUUUUACAAAAGUUAAUUUUGAAAAAUAA